AUGGAUACACUGAGAGGUAAUUGGGCUAUCACACAGAAACAGCAAUGGCAAAGGAAGGAUGUGGUCUGUGGUUCUGCCAUGGUUCAGCCCCAACCAGGAUCAAGCCCCAUGCAGCCCACAGGCUUGGCUCAGAGAUCUGGGAGUAGAGGAGAUGUUUUUCUGCAGCUGCAAAACAGUGUGAAUAAUCAGCAGUUGUUCUUUGGCAGUGGGACAAAACUUACAGUCAUAGGGAAGGAUGAUGAAAUCCUACCUCCAGCUGUGGCCAUCUUUUCCCCAUCAAAGCAGGAGAUCCAGCAGAAGAGCAAGGCCACGCUGGUGUGCCUGGCCUCUGGCUUCUACCCUGACCACCUGACUCUGGCCUGGAGGGUGAAUGGUGUGAGAAGGACCGAGGGGGUGGGGACAGACGAGUUCUCCACACAGAAUGGGAGCACCUACUCGCUGACCAGCCGACUGAGGAUGCCAGCCUGGGAAUGGUUCAACCCUUUGAAUCGCUUUGAGUGUGUUGCCAAUUUUUUUCACAAUGGAACAACGCAGUCAAUAAACAAAUUUAUCCAUGGUGAUGCUGGUUGUGCACUCACAGAAGGUACGUGUGGCUUCUCACAUAAGGAGAAUUUUGCCUCUUCUCUCAGGCAAUUAUCUGUGUGUAUUUUAAUUCCAGCUUUACUGACACUAAGCACAACGUGUGGGAGAUAUCUGCUGUAUGGAUAGCUUCUUCUUUCUCAUCUAAGUGAUUUGUAUGUGAUAUUAAAAAUGAAAAAACAAAAAAGGAA